AUCAGGCGAUGGGCCACGGAGACAAUUCUCGGGCAGCCCUUCUGGCGAUUCAACCGCGGCGGUGGCGACGACUCCGCGUCCACCUUCGCGGGGCGAUGGCCUGGCGGCAGCGUCGGCGUGAGUUCCGGCAUAUCAGGCGUCAACACGGACGGCAGCACCUCGUUCUGGCUCGGCGCGCGCGGGGGCGACUCGGUGCGCGGCGGCUCGGUGCGGGGCCGCGCGAUGCUGCAGCGGUCGACGACGUCCGGGAUAUGCAUGCCGCGGAAUAUGGAGCUCGCGAGGCUGCGAGUGAUCGACCCGGAAGACGCCUAUCUGUUACUAUGGGAGCAGGUGACUCUAAUCCUGGGAUUUUACUCCGCUUUAGUCACACCCUUCGAGUUCGCCUUCCUGGCGGACAGCAUGCCCGUGUGGCUGACGUGGCUUGACGUGGCAGUCAACUUCUGCUUCCUGGCCGACCUCCUAGUCACAUUCUUUGUCGCUUUCAAGGACAAGCACACCUACACGCUCGUUACAAGCCAUUGGAAGAUCGCAGAGAGGUACCUCCUCUCCUACUUUCUCACGGACCUGCUUGCGAUCUUCCCCUGGAACACCUUCUACCAGCUAGCCGGCGCCAGUGGAGCAGCCAACCUGCUGCAGUGGCUGCUGUGGACUCGAGUGCUCAGGAUGCGACACCUCUUCAGAUACUUCCACAGGCUACAGAGGGACAUCCGGCUCAGUUAUUUCGCCGUCCGGUUCUUGAAGCUGAUCAUAGUGGAGAUGUACAUAACGCACGUCGCUGGCUGCUUCUUCUACUUCCUCGCCACCACCAUGCCACCGGAGGAGCAGGGCUACACAUGGAUCGGCUCACUCACCCUCGGCGACUUCUCAUACGAGAACUUCCGGGAGGUGGACCUGUUCACGAGAUACGUGACGGCGCUGUAUUGGUCCGUGGUGACCAUGGCAACAAUCGGUUACGGUGAUAUUCAUCCGGUCAAUCCGAGGGAGAUGAUCUUCGCCAUGUUCUACAUCACAGUGGAUCUGAUCCUCUCAGCUUAUCUCAUCGGAAACAUCACUGCACUGGUGGUGAAGGGCAGCAACACCACCAAGUACCGGGAGCGCAUGGCUCAGGUCAUCAAGUACAUGAACCGAAACCGCAUUCCCCGAGUGCUGCGCCACCAGAUGCGCCAGCACGUGCGCCUGCAGUUUGAGACAGAUCAGGUGGAGGACAACAUACUCAACGACUUCCCUGUGAGCAUCCGUCACAAGGUGGCGCGGGCGCUGUACCGGCGCCUCGUGGAGCAGAGCUACAUCUUCCAGGGGUGCUCGCCCGAGUUCAUCAACCAGAUCGUGACCAAGGUAACACCCGAGCACUAUUUCCCUUCAGAAGUCGUCAUUCAGCACAGAGACUCCCCCGAGCGCCUCUACAUCAUCUGCUCAGGCAACGUGGAGGAAACCUCUCCUUCCUCCUCUGCUGACGGCGGCCGGCACUUCUCAGAACUCACCACAGGCUCGAUGUUUGGCGAGGUGGCCGUGCUCUGCAACAUUCCACAGCCCUUUGACGUCUCGGUUAUUGAGUUCUGCCAGGUGCUUCGGCUGGAGCGGGAGGAUCUGAACACGGCAAUCAACACAUUCAUGGUGGACGGCAGGAAGAUCGUCGACAACCUGCUGGAGCGCACAACGGAAACGGGCAGCAAGUACGCGUUACUGGCGUCGGAAAUCACAUCUCUGAUCGCGCAGCAAGAGGCAGAGCUGACGAUGACGACCAUCUAUGCGGCCUCGCGAGGGGACAUAGAGCAUCUGAAGCGGCUCAUUAAGGCCGGGGCGAAUGCUGGGAAAGCGGACUAUGACGGGCGCACACCUCUGCACCUGGCAGCAGCAGGGGGCUACGAUGAAGUGGUUCGCUUCCUGCUACUAGAGGGAGCGGAUGUGAACAGCCUCGACAACUUCGGCACCACGCCGCUGCUGGAGGCGCUGAGGGCGGGCAAUGACUCGACGGCUAAGAUCCUGACGGACAAGCACGGCACGGUCAACCUGCAGGAAGCAGGCACAGACCUGUGUAACGCGGUGAUGAGGGGCGACACAGGACUGCUGAGGAGGCUGCUGGUCAACGGAGUCAACCCCAAUGCGGCCGACUACGACCUCCGCACGCCCCUCCACAUCGCAUCCGCCGAGGGAUUCGUCCAGGUGGCGCGCAUGCUGGUGGAGCAUGGUGCUGACGUGGCAGCGCUGGAUAGGUGGGGCAACUCGUCACUGGAUGAAGCGCGCCGAUGUGGCAGCCUGCCAUUGAUCCACCUGUUGGAGGAGGCCAUGCGGGAACGAGGGCUUGAGAUUGGUGGAGGAUCCGCAACACGCGCCACCUCCACCCCCCCCUUCCCCAACUCCCACUCCCUCACACGCUCCCAACCCUCCCCGCUCCUCGGCCCUGCUGACGCGGACUGGGACCGCAUCACCGAGGAUGGCUCGGCAACUCCCCGGAUCGGCAUGUCAGGCUCGGGAACGCCGCUACUGAGCGGGUCCGGCACGCCCCAGAGGAGAGGACCGGGAACGUCGCCUGGGAGGGGGCAAUGGAGGCCCCCUGCGGGUGCUGGGGUGAGGAGGACGGGCGGGAGGGCUGGAGGGACGGGGUAUAGCAGCGGCGCUGGUGCUGCUGGUCCGGCUGGUGGUGCCGGCAUGGGAAGGCUGGUUCCUUUGGGGCCCAAGGCUCGGGCGUUUCUCCUGUCCACGUCAGCACACACCGCGUUGAUCGCUGCAUUGGCGCGCAGCGGGCCGUACGCUGACGCGGCGCGUGUACUGGCAGGCAUGCGCGCCGCGGGGCUGUCUCCCACCGUCCACGCGUGCACCGCCGCCAUGCAGGCCCAAUCACGCGCCGGCAGGUGGCGCGCGGCGCUGCUGCUAUUGGAGGAGAUGCGAGGCAUGGGGCUGAAACCGGAUACCAUGGCUUAUAAUGCCGUGCUCACUGCAUGCGGAAGGGCUGGUCGCGUGCAGGAGGUGCUGGGAGUGUACCAGGCCAUGCAGGACGGCGAAUGCCGCCCGCCCACCGGCACGCGUGCACUGCUCAUGAGCACGUUCGUCCGCGCCGACCGCUGCGACCUGGCGCUGCAGCUGUUCUUCGAUGCCAGGCUGGCAGGCCAGCCCGUGACCCCGGACAUGCACAGAGGAUUGAUUUGUGUCGCUUCAAAGGUGGAUCGCUGGCCCCUCGCUUUAGACCUCCUGGACGAUCUCCUUGCCACGUGGACAGACCCGGGGGCUGCGGUUGAAUCGGCAGCAGGGGUUGCAGCAUCCGCCACUUCACGUAUGGAGAGUGGCCCUCCUGCUCCGGAUGGUUCUUUUGAGGCUAGGCAGGACGAAGGGUCUGCUGCUGCUGCUACAGUAGCAACUGCUGCUGGUGAUGCUGCUGGGGGGAGCAGACGCAGGUCGUCCGAUGCUGGGAGUGGGGAGCGGUGGGAGGGGGUGAGCACGUGGGGCGAGGUUUUGGGAGCGCCCAACUCUGCUCUGCCCUUCAACGCCCUCAUCUCCUCCCUGGCUCGUGCAGGUAUGCUGCCGCAUCUCCCUCUCUCUCUCCCCCUCUCUCUCCCUCUCUCCCCCCUUCUUUCCCACUCUCUCGCCCUUACCACUCCCUCAUCUCCCAGCUCCUCCCCAUGUCCUCCUGAUACCCUCCCUUCCGCCCCUCCCCUCCGCCCCUCCCCUCCUCUCCUCUCCUCCCUUCCCUUAGGCCAAUGGCAGGUCGCUCUUUCAGUCUUCUCCCGCAUGAAGAAACUGGGAAUUCCUCCGGACCACUUCACGUGGUCGGGGCUAGCUUCGGCGCUGGGUCGGGCAGGCGAAUUCGACCGAGCCAUGGCAUUAUUCGAGCACAUGGGGGAGAGGGAGGGGCUGGAGCCGACACUGGUGGUGUGUAAUUGUGCACUGCUGGCGUGUCAGCACAAGGCCAAGUGGCAGAGAGCGCUGCAGCUGCUGUGGCGGAUGGAGAGGAUGGGAGUACAAGCGGACGUGCGGAGCUACAGCAUGGUCAUUCGAACAUGCGAGCUUGCAGGCCAAUCCGAAGCAGCCCUGACAGUGUAUCAGCGGAUGCUCAAGGCGGGGUGCAAGCCCAACACCUUCACUCUGGCCUCACUCAUCCGCAUUCUCGGCAAAACCAAGGACUGGCAAGGAGCAGUUAAGAUUUUUGAGGAUGCGAGAUCUUCCAGCAUCCCUCUUAAUGCGCACCUCUUUAACGCGUUACUAGACGCGCUGCUGCACAACAGGCAGGUGGCUGCAGCGCGCUUAUAUCGAUUGGGGUUGUGGAGGUUGUCGGCAGAGGAAGGAUAG